AUUCCUCCCUCAAAUGUGAUCGUCCCUUGAAGCAAUUGGCAACUUCUUCACUUCAUAUAGUACCUCCGAUACAAAUCUCACCGGCAAAUCAUCAUCCCGCCGGUUUCUCUCCAUUACGGUUUCUCCUUAUAUCCCGAGAAAAUAAAGGAAAAGAAACAAAAACGAAUCAAGUUUGAUAACCCUUACCAAAAAGCCUCUGCGAUUCUCCAGAUUCAUGGAUGCUCUGAGAGCUUCGUACGCCAAUAGUUGCUCCGACUCCGAAUCCGAUUCCGACACGCCGCGGCCAAGAAACGAGAACCAUCAAGCGUCGGGGCCUCUGCCUCCGCCGCCUCUUGCACUCCUCAGCCCACCUAAUUCUAUCGGGGAAUUAAAUUACUCACAAACUGCUCAGUCGGGUAGGGUAAGGAGCUUUCCUCAUGUUGAAGGAAACUAUGCUUUACAUGUGUUCAUACCAGUUUAUAUACCAUCUUCACCAAAGAAGGAGCUGGUCCAGUAUUUGAAGAAGGUCAUGUCUCUAGUGCCUGGUCUUCAUGUUGUUGAUGUGGAUAUACCACUUAACAUUCUAUGCAAAGAUGAUAACAAGCUUGAACAAGUUGCAUUAGGAAGGGAGUUUCAUAUAAGUUUAGGAAGAACUGUUCCAAUCCGAGUUCACCAGAUUGACUCGAUAGUGACAAUGCUCCGCCAGAAGCUUCAAUUUCAGAGGCGGUAUUGGAUUGACUUUAAUAAGUGGGAGGUUUUUGUCAAUGAUGAUCAGACACGCUCCUUUCUUUCAGUAGAAGUUAUUGCUGGAGGCUUAGCUGAGAUAACACGGCAAAUUCAAGCUGUCAAUGAGGUUUAUAGGCUUCACAAUCUUCCUGAAUUUUAUGAGGAUCCACGCCCUCAUAUAUCCUUGGUUUGGGCAUUGGGGAACAUUAGUGAUUCACUGAAGAGAGCAGUCGAAGAGAUGAGGAGACACAUUAAUGUUGGGGGUUCAGCACAGAAACGUAUUUUCACCUGCAAAUUCAAUGGCAUUGAGUGUAAGAUAGGUAAUAAGACCCAUAAAAUAUGUAAAUUUUCUGAAGAUUAAUCAAACCUCUGAAGUAUGUAAAUUUUCUAGAAGAGUGUGUUAUCUUGUUUUUGUAAUAUAACUAAUUUGGUCAGUAUGAUCAGUCAAAUACAUGUUGAGUUAUAGCCUAUGUGAUGGAUCAUAGAUGGAAAAUUCAAAAUGAAGGCUCAAUAUUUUUUGUUAUUUUAUUUCUACCACUUGAAAUUUUGUGAUAUUAAACCUCUCAAAGCUCCAUUUGGCAACAGCAAAUCCACUUGCAUCAGCCAAGUCAAGUGAUUCACCUAGAAUUGCCUCUCUAAUAGCGGUUUUAGGACUCCAUUUGAUGACAUUGCAAUUAUUAAGCAUGGAUGGUGAGCAGUUAGGAUCAUUAGCAACCAUUAGUCUGAAAGGGAUUUCAUGCAUGAUGUGUACAAUGAUGGACACUGACAUACAAGAUGCCGUAGUGUUGAAGAUUGUGAACGGAUCAGAUGAAAGGGGAUGUUGGUUCUCUUGUUGGAGGGUGUCACUCUGGUUGGAUAGAUAUUCAUCAUAGGCUUCUUUCAAAGUGCUGUAGGAGGUCUCACAUAAGGAAGCUCAAGGUGUUGUUGUGAAAUACUGGUUUAGCAAUGCAUCUGGCUCUCUAAGCUCCCACUCUCUAAAAAUUUGGUUCAGCUGUGUGUGUGGCUCUCGAAGCAAGUGUCUUUAGAGUCUGCAUGAGCAAUGGAGUAUGCUGCUUUUAGCAUGUAAAGAACAAUCUUAUGCAGCAAGUUUAGUAAUCUUCUUCACAUAUUCUCUCACCCACUUGGCUACUAGAGACACAGUUAAGGGCAAAAUUGAUGUCAAAACGAUGAGGAAAAUCUUUAAGUUAUCUGGUGAAAUGGUGAUUAUAGCUGUAUUGUAUGUGAAGAACAUUGCAAGAAGGCAGAUUUGAAGCUCAAAAUGCAUUGGGAAUUUGCUGGUGAGGAUGCUGAUCAUGUAAAGGGACACUGAAAAGCCUAUAGAGUUGAAAAGCACAAAAAUCCCGAAUGAGAUGAUGCCUAAAGAGCUGAAAAUGGACUGCCCUGCAAAGUGUGCUUUGUUUGUGGCAGUGCUGUUGCUUUGGUUUGUUCCGCUGUUGUCUUGCCAAACACCACCAGGAGGACUGAGGCCGACUUGGUAGGUUGCAGUUGCAACUAGCACAGCAAUAACUAACAGUGCACUACGAGCUUCACCUGGAGAGUCUCGGCCCCUGUGAAAUCUGAAGUAGUUCACCAAAUUAUUUGGUUGCAUUGGACAUGUCUCAACUGUUGUGGUGCUGUUUAGCCGAGCAUGAUUCUGAGUUCCAAAAGAAGAAGGAGGAAAGGCAAUGUCUUGAGCUCUCUUAGCUCCUGCGCUGUGGAGUAUCUCCUUGAUUUCCCUAUCACCUGCUUCACUUGGAAAUAUCAGCAACACAUCAAGGGCGGUGAGACCAGAAUUGUUCAUCAGAUUUACUUCAGUCACUCCUGAACCAGGAAACUCAAAGUUGUAGAAUAUUGGUUUGUGAUGCCUCUGCCUCUCAAAACCCUACUUGGAGAUUGGUUUAGCAAUGUUUGGCUUUCAAAGCAAUGUCGAGUCUGCAUGAACAAUGAAGUGUAAAGGUUGUGGCCUUUAACGUGCAGAGGAUACUCUUUUGCAGGUAGUUUGUGGUCUAUUUAUUUUAUUUUUUAAUUGUUUGGAUAUUUGAAAGCUAAUAACUUAUUAGAUAAUAGGAAUUAUCUUAUUAA